GUGCAUAUCGAUAAGCCGGCCACAUGGGCUAGAACAUCUGUCCGGCAUCGCAAUCGCUUAUCGAAAUGAAUGAAAUCGGACUGAAAAAAUCUGUUAAUUUGGACCUGGAAUUUCACAAUGAUUAAGAGACCUGCCUGAUUGCCAUAUUCUUUCUAUAUAUGAAAUUAACAACGCUGCAACGUGCGCCGAAAACACCAUCCCUCACCCAACAAGCUUACCCAGGAACACGUUGACUCGGUUACAAUAAGAACCAUGACCAUAAGGGAACCAAGCGCGGCUCUUUCAGCAACGGCAGGCAGAUGUAGAGUACUACCGGAGCGAAGGCAGUCAAAGGCGAAAAUGACAGAUCCCAGAUUUUGCAUACGACCGCUUCAGCAAGUAGCAUCGGCCUGCACUGGCGCCAUGGUGACCGCCUGUUUUAUGACACCCUUGGAUGUGAUCAAGACACGCUUGCAAGCUCAACAGUCGGCCCUGCUUUCGAAUAAGUGCUUCCUAUAUUGCAACGGCCUCAUGGAUCACAUCUGUCCAUGCGGUCCUGGCACGCCUAACCCGACACUGUCCAAGACUGCUCCGCAGUUUUCUGGCACCAUUGACGCGUUCAUUAAGAUAAGUCGCUCAGAGGGAGUUCCUUCGCUGUGGUCUGGACUGAGUCCUACUCUUAUCUCGGCCUUGCCCUCGACUAUAAUCUACUUUGUGGCCUACGAACAAUUGAAAGCUCGCUUUACGGACUUCCAUCACAAGUACUUGCCAAGCAUAGACCCAGUUAAAAACACAGCCGAUGUCCGUGACAUUCCAAUGCUUGUUCCCUUGCUGGCGGGCGUGACAGCUCGCAUUCUAGCAGUGACCUGCGUCAGUCCUGUUGAAUUGAUACGCACCAAAAUGCAGUCGCAGAGGAUGACGCACGCUGAAAUGUUCGGCACCAUCCGCCAGGUGGUUCAGUCCCAGGGACUUCUUGGGCUGUGGCGUGGACUGCCGCCAACAAUACUACGCGAUGUCCCAUUUUCGGGCAUCUACUGGACCUGUUACGAGUACCUUAAAAACAGUUUUAAUGUGGUCGAACCAACGUUCGGCUUCAGUUUCGCAGCGGGAGCAAUAUCGGGCUCGGUCGCUGCCAUGAUUACCACACCGUUUGAUGUGAUUAAAACCCAUGAGCAAAUCGAGUUUGGAGAGAAAUUUAUAUUCACAGACAAUCUUCCUAAAAAUGUGGCCACUAAGUCGGUGAUGACCCGCCUGUCUAGCAUUUACCGCCUCGGCGGUGUGCGCGGUAUUUUCGCUGGACUCGGACCGCGUCUCUUCAAGGUGGCGCCCGCAUGUGCAAUCAUGAUUUCAUCCUUCGAAUACGGCAAGUCCUUCUUCUACCAUUACAAUGUCGACCAACACAAUGAGGCGCUUCUCGCGAGACAACCACGCAAUCGGAGGCCAAAGACUGCCCAUGGCUCGGAAUCAACCCCAGAGAAGUGUGACAGGUUCAACUAGCGUCGUACUGCCGCACUCUUUCUGAAUGUAUGUAUGUAGAUUAUGCCAAAGAUGCAACCGAAUCGCUGGGCCUGAAUUAACUGGCUGUUAUCGGACAAUUCAAAUGUAAACGUCAAAUCUUAUGGUGAAAUGGACAUUUUAUUUUAUGUUUAAACAACUCAUAUAUAAUAUGUCAUUACGUAUUCACAGCAACACAACACGGUAUCUCUUGGAAACUUAGCGGUAAACCAUACUUCUCAAUAGAUAUUGAACACGCCAUUAAGUUUCAGCCUAGAGUCUUUAAACGUAUA